CAGAAAUGUUUUAAUUUUUCGAAAUCAUUAACGGCUUGUGUAUGUUUUAUCCAUUUAACAUUGUUAUAAAAACAUAUUAUCAAACAUGAACGCUCUAAGUGACAUGAAUGAUGAAGAAUUUGUGCCAUUUUUGCAUAGUUUGGGUGCGGACACUUACAAGAAAUCGUUUGAAUGGAUGUUGAACGAUCGCGACUUUGCGGGUGUUUUACGAUGGCUUCAUAGCAAUUUAGAUCACAACAAUGCUUUGAGUGCCCGUGAGGAAUGCCGUUACAUAGAAUUAGAAAAGAAAGGGCAGCUGCUUUCCUCAGAAGAUCUAGAAGCUUCCACCAGGCGCCUACAAGAGCAGCAUGAAGGUAUUUGUUUACCAGGAGAUAAGGAAGCUAAAGAGGAUGUGCAAAUGGACAUUAAGAUGUUACAAGAAAGGUUGCUUAUGUUGGGGAAGCAGGAAACAGUGCUGGCAGACUUGAAGAGACGGAAUAAACUGACAAAAGAGGAAUUAUCCCUAGAGAUAUCCAAGUUGAACUCAUCAUACCUUCAAUGGAAGGACGAUGAGAGUGCGGCUGGUCAAGAGUGCUUGACCCUCGCGCAGGAGGUGGAAACCAUCACCGAUGGACUCUUAGAAGUGAUUGCUGAUACUCUAGAUAUGUACAGCAACUGUCAUUGUGAUAAGGUGAUUGCAAAGAAGUUCUUCACAUUUGGACCAUUUGACACAUACAGACAAUCGCAGACACUAUUCAGGUCACACUUUGAGCUAUUUACAUCCAAGAGGUUUUCUAGAAGAAUUAAUGAUAGUUCUUCUGAUGAGGAGUUGAAAGCUGUGCUUGUGGAAGCCACGAGUUUGGAGGAAAAAUUGUCUGAUGCAAUAGAAGCCUACAUAGAAUCGAAAGUGGAGCUCGCAGGAGAACAAGCGAAGUUGACACUAUUGGCAAACUACAAAGAUGUCCAUCCUAGUCAAAUUACGUCAUGCCUACUAGAAGCUCAGAGUGAACUAGAAAUACUGGACCAAGAAGAAACCAUUUUGUAUCAACAAGUGCACAACGCGGCCAGACAACUGGUUGAUACUCGCACCAACCUUGCUGUGGAGACCGUUGCUAACUGUGCUUUAGCCGUAAGACAACAAGUACACAUAGACCUAUCCCACCUACUGGACACAUGUCAGCGAGCGCUCUCCCUGGACCGCGUGCUGUACACAGCACUCCGACACGAGCUGAAGGCUGUUGAGGAGUUCCUGCAGCUCGCAGACCAGAUCAAGCAGUACGCUAUGGCUGAUGGCAGAGCUGUGCUCAGCAGGAUUGACUCCAUGAAAGCGAUAUGCGCCGAACAAUCUACCUGCGAAGAAAAACUCCAAUCAUCAGACAUUCUAGUUCAAGCAUUACUACACAUAUUAGGUGCUCAGUCAGGAGACCCGAGCCUUAUAGUAAAGUUAUACAAUGAGACAAAAGAACAGGUGAAGGAGUUACAACAUAAUGUGGACGAUGAAUGUAGGAGACGAGAGAAUUUUACUGAAAAAUACAAAGAAUCAGCCCAGCUCCGUACGUACCUGUACGACGGCUGCACGCGUCAGCCGCGGCGCAGCGACCGCGCGGUGUCGGCGCUGACGCAUACACUGAAGCAACACAUGCAGAUAUUCGAUAACAGAGUGCUGGACGCUAGUAAUUUGUUUGCUAGUGUUAAGAACGGUGAUAAGCACAAUCUCAGAAAACUAUGGCAGUGGUUCUUAACAGACCCAGCUCGACUUCUACAUGCGUUAAAGAAUGCCAACUGCAAUAUUUAAUCUAUUAAAAAAACCUAAUCUAUGGAAGCUUUCUUACCACGGGCUUAGGAGGUAUGACGUGUGAAAUUGACGCCCAUUAAGGCUGCCUGUCCUCCGGAGCGGAGCUAGGCUGCAGAGUGGAGAAACUGAGAAAUAUUAACCAAUAGGAUUUAUUUCAAGUUGUCAUAUUAUGUAAUGUGAAAACGAAGUCUUUUUAUGUAUGACGUGUAAGCAAUGCUAAGGUUGUGUUUUAUAGGACGCAGUUCCUAAUUAUUGUGUUCUAUAUUCAACGAAUAUUAUAUGAAUUGUAACUAUUCACCAUAUAUAAUAAUUAUUACUACUGUUUAAAGUAUAAUAUACUCAAUAUGUGUAAUGCAAGACCUAUUUAGAAGUUCAUAGACAACUUAACCGUCAAUUUUCUUAAAACAAUUGUGUACUAUGUAUUUUAAUGUUUAAUUUUCAAAGUAAACAGUUGUUUUAAGGAAACUUACAUAUUGUCGAUUUAUAUACCCAGUGUUAUAUAAAAUGUUUAAAUUAUGUAACCUCUUAUGUACACAAUAUACACGUUUAAAAAAUUAUAAUAGGGCACAGUAAGUUUGAUACUGGCAACAGUGGCACCUAAUAUUAUUUUUCUAUUUAUGAAAAUGUUACUGCCACCCUUAUUUCUCCUGUACUAUACAAUAACAGAAAAAGUUUCUGUAAAAUUAUUCUUGAUACAAGAAUACAUAACUGUACAACUAGAUUAAUUUUAUACAUAUUUUAAAUGUUUUUACAUGUAUUUAUGUAUGUAUAUGCAUGUCUACAAAGCAAUAAUUUGUAUAACCCAGUUACAAAUGAAAGUGCCUUCAAAUAAAACAUGUACUCUUGU